CUUGUAGCUGGCAGAAUGCUGAGACCUUUUAUUGGACUUAUGCUUGAAUUUGUGGAUAUGUGCUUAUAAACAUUGAGGGCAGGAGUUGGGGCCAUGGAAGAAGAAGGGGAGCUCAAAAGAUUGGCCUAGUGUGGUCUAGGGUGGCAUAAAUAGUAUAUUCGAACCCCUUUGGGCUGCCUGCUGCCAGAAAUGAAAUCUGCACUGCAUCUGGACUUCUACCCCACAGCAAUAAAGCACAAAGGGUUAAGCAGACCUACUCUUGCAACGUGACUUUUAAAGGCAGACUGCCCAUCCAAUGGCAUGCAAAGACUUGUAGAUGGGAUUUUUAGGCUGUGGAAUUCAGAGAGGUGCCUCACCAUUACUGCAGUGCUCUGGAUCUCCAUCUGACCUCAUCACAGACUCACUUGGGGUGUGAGGAUUUGUUUGCCUUUUCUUCCUCCCAGGACAGGGACUGAGAUCUGGUAUCAGCAGAUGCUGUUUGUUUAACUACCUGGAUACUCAUCACACGUACUGAACUGCAGAAACUCUGCCUGCUGCCACCAUGUCGGGUACAGACUCAGAUGGUCCCCCGAAUGGGACACUCAAUUUCGAAUUCCAUGAUAAGGAUUCCCAGGCGGCGUUUGACAAGGCAGACAAGAACAGUGAUGGAAAGAAAGAGAAGAAGCCUCCCAUGAACUCGGCCAUUCAGAAAGAAAGCGACAACUACUCACCUCUAAUUGGGAUCAAUGUGAAUUUUUUGCCAAAAGUGACAGGCCAUGGAAAGCAGCCGGUCCUUGACCCCUCUCAGGUUUAUGAUAGAAACAGGAUCUUUACUGCUGUAACUAACGGUGAUACCCAGGAUCUGGCUGGGCUUCAGAACUAUCUACACAAAACAAUGAAACGUUUGACAAACACCGAAUUUAAAGAUCCAGACACAGGGAAGACAUGCCUGCUGAAGGCUAUGUGGAAUUUAAAGGACGGGAUGAAUGACACAAUUCCGAUACUGCUGGAAGCUGCUGAAAAAGGAGGAUAUCUGAAAGAGCUUGUUGAUGCAGCAUACACGAAUGACUACUACCGAGGCCAGACUGCGCUUCACAUUGCCAUAGAGAAGAGAAAUAUGCAUUUGGUGCAGCUUCUGAUAAAAAGCGGCGCUGACUUACGUGCAAUGGCUGAAGGAGACUUUUUUCAGAAGAAGAAGAAGGGAAUUAGUUUUUAUUUUGGAGAGCUCCCUCUCUCUCUGGCUGCCUGCACAAACCAACUCAACAUUGUGAAUUACCUUCUGGACAAAAAGGCUGACCUUGCUGCCCGGGAUAGCCAUGGGAACACCGUCCUGCACGCUUUGGUCUUUGUGUCCGAUAAUACAGAGGAAAAUACUGAAAUUGUUACCAAAAUGUAUGAUGAGAUCUUAAAGAAAUCAGUGAAAACUGAUCCGACACUUAAAAUUGAAGAAAUUACCAAUUGGGAGGGCCUAACGCCUCUGAAACUGGCAGCAAAAACUGGUAAAAUUGAGUUGUUCAAACACAUCCUUCGUCGGGAGGUGACUGAGCCAGAAUACAAGCACUUGUCUCGAAAGUUUACAGAAUGGACUUAUGGCCCCGUGCACACGUCACUUUAUGACCUUUCAUCUGUGGACACUCAUGAAGCCGAUUCGGUCUUGGAAACCAUUGUUUUCAAAAGCAAUGCCAGUAAUCGGCAUAACAUGGUUGUACUGGAGCCAAUAAACACUUUGCUGGAGGAAAAAUGGGAAAAUUUUGCUGGAAAAAUAUUUUAUAUCAAGUUUCUCUUAUACAUUUUAUACAUGAUAAUAUUCACAGUGACUGCUUACCAUAGGCCGCUGCAAGGACAACCACCUUUUCCCUUGGAAGGGACAGCUAAAGGCAACCUGCGCGUCAUUGGAGAAAUUAUCAUGAUGUUUGGAGCGAUUUAUAUCCUUAUAUGUCAGAUUAUUUACUUCUGGAAACGGCGCCCUUCCCUGCAGAUUUUAAUGAUGGACGGUUACUUUGAGAUACUCUUUUUUCUCCAAGCGCUUAUAUUACUGUGCAGCGGUGCCACUUACCUGGCGGGAAGCGAAGUGUACGUGGCGCUGAUGGUUUUCUCAUUGGUGAUUGGCUGGGUGGAUAUGCUGUACUAUACCCGUGGUUUUCAGCAGACAGGAAUCUACAGCGUCAUGAUCCAGAAGACAAUCCUGCGGGACAUGCUGCGCUUCCUCUUUGUCUACCUGGUCUUCCUCUUUGGCUUUGCAGCAGCUUUGGUGACCCUGAAUGGGGAAGCCCCUCAGGAAGCAGCAAAUGGAACGGAGCAGAGUGAAUCAGGCUCGUCCUAUGGAGGGCUUUAUAUCACUUCUUUGGAACUCUUCAAAUUUACCAUUGGCAUGGGAGACCUAGAAUUUAAUGAAAACUUGAAAUUCAAGCAUUUCUUCAUGUUCCUGCUUAUCCUCUAUGUAAUCUUGACCUACAUCCUCCUGCUGAACAUGCUCAUUGCUUUGAUGAGUGAAACAGUCAGUAAGAUAUCCAGUGAGAGCAAGAGCAUCUGGAAACUCCAGAGAGCAGCUACAAUCCUUGAUAUUGAGAGGUUUAUUCCUCGCUUCAUUAGAAAGAAGCUAAAAAUUGGACAAUGGCUGACUGUGGGAAAAAGUCCUGAUGGAAAUCCUGAUAAGAGAUGGUGCUUCAGGGUAGAGGAAAUGGUCUGGGGAUCGUGGGAGAAGGACCUCGCCAACAUAAAUGAGGAGCCGGGGGACACAGAGAAGGGGAAGCUCAGCUCAUCUAAAAAAACUCCAGGAUGGACUCAGCUGGUUGCCAAAGCUCGGGAAAAAUCAAAGGAAGAGGAAGAAAUGCCCCUCAAUACUGUGUCUACAAGCAGCCCAGCGGUGUAGAAGCCAGCACUGACAAUGGCCUGAUCCAAGGAAUAUGCUGUCAAAGGAUUCUCUUCUCUACUCUCUACUGCCUACCCAGGACAUGAGACAUUGAUUCCCAUAGGUUUAGGGAACUAGGACAUUUCUCAUUUAGUUAUUCCAAGACUUUCAUCUGGAAGCUUCAGUGCUGAUAAGGGAAGAAAAUGUAUUGAAAAUACUAGACUGAUAUAUUGUCAACCUCUGUUUCAUCUCUCAAAAUCUGCUGCAAAGUGCAGAAUGCAGCACUGCCAUGUGAAUGGUAGCCCUGUACUUACUAUAUGUGGUCUUCCACUGAUAAAUACAUGGCUAGGAGUCAGUGGCAGUAAUCUAUGAUGGCAAACUGUUGGCUGCAUCUUUAAAGCUGCAGUAAAUUGUGUGCAAAAAUUAUUCUAGUGGCAUACACAAAUGACCAUGUCAUGAUCCAUAAGGAGCAACAAGCCUCCAUCUGGGUGACUUCUCUAACUGCCUAGUAUAAUAUUUGCCUACAAGUGCAGGUAGGGCACAUAUUGGCUUCUGGCUUAAUUACUCAUAACAGAGUCUGCAGCCCUCUGGGCAGUGUAUGGGACCAUAUAUUAUGCAGUCCUCUAUAAUCAAUAGCUGAUCAGGAGUGGGUCACAUACUGGUCCAGCUGGGCUGGAAAUCCUAUCAAAUAAGUUUGUGCCUGAGGAGCAAAUGAAUAUAUCAGAUUUGUUUGGGAUGCGUAUCAAGCAAAUAUCCUUUUGUAUAUUAAUCUGGAUGAACAAAGGCAUCUAGCCAUGUUACAUACAAAAGAAAGUGUUGGGUACAAGUGUAUCCCCAUCUGGGAUACUGUUGCUACUUGUUCCUGUUAACUUAGUAUUUAGGAGAACAGUGUGACAAGGUUUCAGCAUCAAGCAAUCUGUCUCACACUCAGCAGUAAUAAACACCAUUUUUAUGGAAGUCAACUCUACUGUUGCUCUUUGAAUGGACUAGUAACUCAACUGGGCGAUUUGACAACAUUGUAAUGAGGCAGUAAAAUAACAUUUUACUGUGUGUAGAGCUGUGUAUAGCUUAGGAACAUCCAACCUGCCAUCAACUGUCCUCUUCCAUUAGCUCUUACUGGGAUGCACAGAGUUGUUGUUCUUAAACAGAUGGGGCGGGCUGCAGCUUGCACAACACUCAUAUAGAUUGUAGUAUCUGUGCCAUAAUGCAACUGCCUUGUAUCAAAGUAGGUUUUUAUAUUGCUGUACUUUAUUGUCAUGACAUAUAUUUUUACUUUAUAAAUGACUUUUUUAAAAGGAACAAAGUUUUACUUUAGGAUAUAAAUGUAAGAGAAGCUUUACUGAUGCCAUAUACCAUGGCCCUUUGUGUUUUAUUUGCAACAUUCCAAACUGGAAAAAGAUUAUUGGCCAGAUUCAAUUCGAAUUUUGAUUUUCUCUUAAUUCAGUUCCAGACUUUCCCAUAGAGCCAAAUGCAAUUCAUUGAGAAAAACUUAUCUCAAUGUUUAUCACAUGAAAACUAUUGAAGUCUAUGGGAAAAUCUGAAUUAGGUUUUAUCUCCAUGAAUUGAAUUUCUCCUAUAAGUUUUCAUGUGAUAAACCUUAAAAUAUUUUUUUUUCAUUGAUUUGAACCUGACCUAAUGUUUAAAAACACUAAAGUUUGCUGAGUGUCUUCUGUGAUAUCAACAGCCACCUUCCUAUUAGGGUUUCUUUCUUGACAUGGAUAGCGUCAAUCUUGACCCUUCUCCCCAAAACUCUUAUCCCCUUUCUACUAACACUCAGACUUCACAUGGGUUGAAAAGCCUGCAGCCAAGUUUAUAAAACAUAAGUUAACAACCAUAUAACUUUACAAUUACCACACGUUAAUAUUAUAACACCCCUAGCUGCUGUAGGCUGCUCCUAUGGAGAUCCCUUGUUAACCACCCUUUUAAUAUUGGCUAAUCACCUCCACCCCUAGCCUCUGACUUGCACAACUGCCGCCAUGGCUCCUACUGACUAGCUCCAGUCACUUAUUCCCCUCCCAAUAGUUGUGACUAACAAUUCUUUAAAGGGUGGGUGGGCGGGCCUGUUACAGUAAAGUGGCGCCAAAUCUCCCCCACUCAACCCUGUUAUCUCCCUCUGUGCCUUCUACCCAGUCGCUACCUGGACUACAUUUCUCAUGAACUCUUGCAGCCUAACACUUCCGAGUCUUCUUCCUGGCCCUGGCCCUCUGUUUCUUUCCAGUCCUUAAGGUCCCUCUUUCUAAAUGCAAUUUAAUUGUACAGUCCUUUGCACUUCAAUAAAUAGUAUUGGCAUAUGGUUGAGAUAUUUCUUUCGCUUAAGAGCAAUUACGAAAAUGAUAUAUUUUGUAAUAGACUUUGUGUAUGACAAUUGGUGGUCAUUAUUUUGUGAUCUAAAAAUAGUUUCAUUUAUUACUGGACCAUAGCAAAAGUUGUUGCAUGAACUAUGUCUCAUAUAUAAGAACAUAUAUGUAUAGUCUACAGAGUUUUUAAAACCAAAUCUGGACACCAGCUGAAGGAGAAUUAGCAGAAAAAGUGCUAUUACUGGUGUGUUUCUUUCUUGUUUUUAUGUUGUUUCCUUAAAGAAAAAAUAAAUAAAUAAAUAAAUAAUACCAUUUCAGGCUUA